GCCAUGGCGCCCACUUUAAAUGCAGUGGACAACUUGAUGAGACGGUAUCUUGAUUACACUGGACGAACGGGCCCUACUGCUCUUAGAGUCUCAAUCGAGGCGAGUUUCCUCCAUUCCCUCACUUUGUUGUUGUUCGUUUGGUAACCAUUUGUCCAUCAAGCUGUUUCUGACAUGCAGGACAGGUUCGCAAAGCGGCCGAGAACCUCGGGUAGUAGACGCUGGACGGCCGAGCAGAGAGAUCUAUACAAGUCGUACAAGUCCAUGCAAGAAGCCAAGAAACGUGUAGAGUCCUGCCAAAUUGCCUUCUCCACUUGCGUCGGCGCCGGAAUUGGUCUGUGACGAUCCGAGGACUUCGGGCUCGUAAGAGCCGACGAGGCUUACCAGCAAACUGAGGCUUCAUCUCUUAUGCCGCGGACCAGGACGUGCAAGCAGGCGGUCCUAGUUGGAGACGAUAUACAGCUCCGUCUCGCGGUGCAGGCCAUCACUACGAUCCUUGCUUACGACGUUUCGUCGUUUGAACGUUUGUACGAUUGUUGCAGUGACGUGGAAGCAGCUGGUCAAAUGCCGCCAAAUACGCAGGCGGAUCUGUCAGCUGCUGCAGACCAUUAUACAAAGCAGAGUACACUGCCUAGGGGAUCCGCGAUCACGGGGCUUGAAGAGGAAAUUGAAGUGUCCACUAUUGAUGGUUAUCAAGGUCGAGACGUGGAAAUUGUCGUUCUCGUUACAGUGCGGUGCACUGAGCAUGGCGAGAUUAGAUUCCUCGGGGAUCUGAGAAGGAUGAAUAUGCCCCUUGACGAGAGCUAAGAGCUGGCUGAUCAUAUUGGGAUGCCGUGCUGCACUUACCGCCGGCUCA